UUUACUCUUUGGCAGGUUGCAGUUGUUUGUUUCUUCUACGUUAUUCUUUCGGGUUCGUUGCUGUGGCGUUGAUACAACCGGAUUUUAUCUACCGCAGGGCAAUCUUUCUUAAUUUUUAAACACGUUUUUGAUAAAAAAGAAGUAGUAGUCAUGGGGAAAAAUAAAGGAGGGAGUGGAGCAGGUAAAGGGGGUGGCGGCGGCGGUGGCGGCGAUAACAGUGGCGGUGAUGGUGGAAAUAAAAAAAGUGGUGGUGUUGGUGAAAAGAGCGGGAACAAAAAUAAGGGUGGUGCGGGUGCGGAAAAACCUGGUGGUAAAAAGGUGCAAGAGCAGAAGGUAGGCGGAAGUGGAGGAGGAAAAAAAGGAAACAAGAAGUAACAACGAACAAUUAGGUGUUCACUUCCCAAACUAUAUAUAUUAAAAACUGUGUUGUAUAAAAAAACAGUUUUGUCAAUAAAAUUAGUUAAAGUUUGCAUUUAGCAAACAGACAAACAAAAAAGAGACAUCCUACAUGCCCACAUGUACCUCAGACAAGCCCGUAGCCAGUAUUUAGUUUUGGAACGGGCCCGCAAAUUUGAAAGUAAUAUCGAUUAAUAUGGAUGGUUGCAUACUAUGAUACUACAAAAACAUUAGUUCAAUAUAAAGAGACGAGAAUCGAACGAUUUAUACAUUAAAGCACAAUAGAUCGUAAAAAGGAAAAUCGCUAAUUGACAGAAAGUAAACAAUCAAAAGACCUUUCAUGAUAAUACGACUGAACUUAGGCUCACUGCCGCGCUAGUCCAGGCCCGAUACGCCGCCCAUUUUGAUCAACAAAAUACUUUACAUUUUAAUUUAAAAUAUAAUUUCUUUUUUUUUUUGAAAUAUAAUAUUUAUUAUAAUUAUUGUUUAAUAAUAUUACAAAGAAAUAUUUAUUAAACUUUUACAAUAAAAUAAUAAUAAGCCUUUUUCUUGUUCGUG